CAGCGGGAGCCGCUGUCGGGGCGGGGGGAGCGGCGGAGGAUGCGGGUGUCGGCGCGGCGGCGCGGGCGGGGGCAGGCGGGCGGCGGGCAGCGGCGCGGCGCCUGACCGCUGCGCUCCCGAGGAUGCUCGGGGGGCGAUGCCCGGAGACAGGGAGGACGAGAUUUGCCAGAAAGCGCUGCAGCUGCUGGCCGAGCUCUGCUCCGUCGGGGCGGUGGAGAACGAGAACUGCCGGGAUUUCAUCUACUACCUGCGGGACAGAGCCCGGCCCCGCCUCACCGACUCGGAUAUCUCAAUAAGCUUGCUAUCCUUAGUUGUCACGGCCUGUGGUCUUGCUCUGUUUGGUGUCUCUCUGUUCGUGUCCUGGAAGCUUUGUUGGAUCCCUUGGCGAGAGCGUGGUCUGCCAUUUGGGAACAAAGACAACAAACAAGAAUCACUGAACUACACAGAUACAGAGACCAAUGACCAUGACUACAGUGAGGAUUAUCUGGGUCAGCCUACAGCCUAUCCAGAGUCCUCCAUGAAGAUCAGCCAUACCUCCCCUGAUAUUCCAUUAGAUGCUCAGGCAGGAACAAAGGAGAACUGUGUGCACAAUGUACGAAUGCAUCGUCAAAUCACUGAACCAACUACUUCUGCUCGGCAUAAUUCAAUCCGAAGACAGCUCAACCUUUCCAACCCUGACUUCAACAUCCAGCAGGUUCAGAAACAGGAGCAACUGACAGGGAUUGGCCGCAUUAAGCCGGAGCUGUAUAAACAAAGAUCAUUGGACACAGACGAUGGUCGGAGGAGUAAUAGCAAGGCGUGUGGAAAACUGAACUUUAUUCUGAAAUAUGAUUGUGAUUUGGAGCAGCUGAUAGUGAAGAUACAUAAGGCCAUUAACCUGCCAGCAAAGGACUUCUCUGGAACUUCGGAUCCAUAUGUGAAGAUAUAUCUGCUUCCUGACAGGAAAACAAAACACCAAACUAAAGUGCACAGAAAGACCCUGAAUCCAGUGUUUGAUGAAGUUUUUUUAUUUGCUGUGCCAUACAAUGAUCUGAACACAAGGAAACUCCAUUUCUCUGUGUAUGACUUUGACAGAUUCUCCAGGCAUGACUUGAUUGGCCAAGUGGUAGUAGAUAAUUUUUUAGAUUUGGCAGAUUUUCCCAGGGAAUGUAGUAUCUGGAAGGAUAUUGAAUAUGUCACCAAUGAUAACGUGGAUCUUGGUGACCUGAUGUUUUCACUCUGCUACCUUCCAACAGCUGGUAGACUAACUAUUACAAUAAUAAAGGCAAGAAAUUUAAAGGCAAUGGAUAUCACAGGAGCAUCAGAUCCCUACGUGAAGGUUUCUUUAAUGUGUGAAGGAAGGCGACUAAAGAAAAGAAAAACUUCCACCAAGAGGAAUACCCUUAAUCCUGUUUACAAUGAAGCCAUAGUCUUUGACGUCCCUCCAGAAAACAUUGACCAAAUUAACUUGUCGAUAGCUGUUAUGGAUUAUGACCGUGUAGGUCACAAUGAGGUCAUUGGAGUAUGUCAAGUAGGCAACGAUGCAGAAAGUCUAGGUCGUGACCACUGGAAUGAAAUGCUCUCAUAUCCUCGGAAACCCAUUGCUCACUGGCAUCCUCUUGCAGAGGGCCCUAUUCAGCAGAAAUGUUAUGCAGGUCUUCUGCGCUUGGAUGGCUGCCGAAGAGGUUUCCUCACCCUUUUAACCUAUUCAGCAGAAAUUUGGCAUUCCUGUUGAACUCUUUCUUAGCCAUAUCCUCAGGGGCUAUUCCACAGAGUCCAGUGGGGAAUCAAGUGGGGGAGGGUGUCCAGCGCAUCCAGGCUGUGCAGAGAAAUAUAUACACAGCAUAUCAUUUUGGUUCCUGAAUCAGGAUUAGACUCAGCGAGAGCUUCUGGAACCUCUGUGGCCACAGCCGUAGGACUCUGAGUAUUUGAUGAAUAGGACCCUCAGUCUUCUACUGUGUGAAGAGCUAUUGGUUUCAAGUAGCCCAAUGUUAUCCACUUGUAGCAUUAAUUCUUCAGCUGACACUGUUGCUACUCAUAGAUUAUUUGUAUAGUUGUAAGCAUUACCCAAACUCAAGUCAUAAUUUCUGUUCACUAGAAUAACCCAGGUUUUACAAGCAACAUGAUAGCAAUGAAAACCAACAAAUAUGGGAAGCAACAGCAGUAUGGUUCUUGUAUUUGCAAAAAAAAAUGCAGUAUUGUGAAUGGAUAGCUUUUAAAAUCUUUUUUUCUUCAAAAAUAAUUGUCAUCAGACAUUUAUUUUUCAACGACAAGUUGUGUCCUCAGUCUCAAUUGGUGUCUCAUUUCACCUUGCACAAAACCAAAUUAAUAUGGUUCUUUGCAGAAAUUCUUCAAAUUUGAAAAAACUGAAAAGAAGGUUCUGUUGAGUGAGAACAAGAUACAUAUGGUAUUUAUAAUGACAAUAUGUUCUUUUAGAAAGAAGAUAACCAUCUGUAUAAUAAGGAGGCUGCUGGUCCUCAACCUUUGUAGAUGAUUUUCCAGUUUCUAAAGUUGUGUCUAUUAGACUGCAAAAAGUUGGAAGCAUAUCAGACGCGGCUGUGCUCUGUCAUACACACAAGAACACACAGGUGCAUGUGCGCGCGCACACACAGAGUGUCAUUUCAAAAUGCUGUUCCAAAUAUAUAGUGCCUAUGAAGUCUUUCUUUAUUAUUUGUAGUAGAAUUACCAGGGCUGUCUUACAUGAUGAUAUAUUGUAAAUGGUGACAAAUUCUGACCAUUAAAAAAGGUAAUCAAAACACUGAACUCUCACUUGAUGAAAUCUAUGCCCCAGAACAAGAGCCCCUGUAAUAAAUUUUUGCCACUUAUUUAGACCUACAUGAAGUCCUCUCUUCCUUCAAGCUUUUCUAGAGAGAAUUUGAUUCAAGUUUUAAUAUAGGAAUUUUUGUUUCAAAAAUGCUAAGUAUGGGUAUUUUAUAUAAUCUAGUUGUCUGCUACAUUCGUACAGAUAGGGAGCCCUUGUCUUUCUAUAUAUUUCAGAUAAGUGCACACACGUUGCUUCAUAUCUUGCAUGUGUUAAAUGCUCACCAAGUAUUUUGAGGGUUGAAGUUUUGCUGAUGGAUAUAUGUAUGUACAGAUUGAAGAAAAUAUUUGAGAUUUUUAUCCAAAAUCUGAAAAACUAGUUUUACAACCUAUCAGUUGAGGGUCUUCCAGAAAAUCAGAAUUGCUAAUGAGUAAAUCACAGCUUGGCACUUGCUGGAAAUGUUGGAUCUGUUGUAAAUAUGUGCCAUAGCUAUUAAGCAGAAGUCCUGUAAAUGCAGUGGUUUUCAAAAAAUCUCAUGCCAUGCUAUGUAAGAGCUACCACAUGCAAGGAUAGCCUUGGCAAAUUAAGCAACUCUUCAAAACCUCCCCAAGCAAAAUUUCAGUUGGGUAACUGAGCAUUUCCAGAAGAAUGAAAAAUAUAGUUAUGAAGUUGCCCUGGCAAAACUAUUUCACUGCACUUUCAACUGAAGAUUUAUAUCAGCAGGCCAGUGACACAACUCAAUAUUCGUAUCUGUUCAUGCAUGAUUCACACUUCAGACAAAAUCCUGCACUCUUUACUCAGACCUAUCUCCUGGGAGUCAGCAUGGGGAGAGGUGCGUGAGCAAAGAAGGAGAAUCUGUUCCUUUGGAGUAGAGUUCUUUGAUUCCCUGAGCAAAGUACUACACAUGCAUCCCUGCCUGGAAAGCAGAGCAGGCAGCUGUAUGGUUUCCCACUGCAAUAUGAGUAACAGUAACCUCUGUAAAAAAGGAAAACACCUAUGCAAGCAGGUUCAUUUUGUGUCCAUGGAAGAGUGCGGAAGCCUUUCUAGCAACUCAAAGGGGCAUCAACUGAAAAGUAGUAUCAUUAUAAUUGCCAAUGGUUUUCUUAUUUUAUUUUAUAGCCAUACUCAGUUUAUGUAAUGAUCAAGGGUCUGUCACCAAGAGGAUGGAGGAUGUUUUUUAACACAGUUCUAUUCAAUAAAAAAAAAAAAAAAAAAAAGAGGAAUCUCUGUUCAGUUAGCUCUUAAAGUGGAAUCUAGCACAUCUCAAAGACUUAGGGACGAGGAAUAAAAUAUAAAAUUUUAUUAAAUUCUCUUAAUUCCUGCUGACUCAUGACUUGCAAACUGUUACUCAGGCUGUAGCAUCACUAUGUGCUUUUUACAAAUAUCUGUCUUAUCAUAGAAGUAUGUAUAUGGAAUGAUAGCUAUUUUCUAUAUUUGGAUACUUCACCUUUAUACUUCAUUUAGCCAAUGCUAUUCCAUAGACCUGAAAUAUUUUCAUGUUAUGGUUCCAGUAGGCCAGUACACUGCUGCUGUCUUUGGACUGCAGUGCAAUAGUACAACAGCACAUUGGAAGAAACAGAGGAUCUAGUGCUGCAAGAUCACCUGGAAAAACAUAGAAAACUAUGAUCCCAAUACUGUUCAGACUUUCUUUUCUGAACUAUGAUUCUCAGAGGUAAAUUAAAUUAGUAGAAGGUUCACAAGAGUCCACCUCAAAACCCUUGUUUGUUUUCUUAUUUCCUGUGAAUGCAUAAUUACACCAUAUGACAAGUACCUUAAUUCUAAAAUAGAAAAGGAAAUCCCUUAGAAAUGCAUCUCAGCAAGAUUUAAUCCUGCUUCAGUCAUUAACAAUAUGAUAUUAAACUGUUACUUUUCAUUUUCUGUAACAUACCACCAUUUCAGAUGCUGUUUUAUGAAAAACCAGUGGGUGUCAAUGGAAAAGACUUCCAAGCUACUGACACUGAGGCAGAGUAUAAUGGGCAGUUAUGUAAUAUUCCCAUGCCAAAAUACUCGCAGCACAAUCCUUCUGUGGUUGAGUGUUGAAAAAUCUCUUAAUCUGUUUCAACUGAAAAAACAAGACAUUGAAAGUAUUAUGUUCUCUUUUGUUUUACUUUUCCAUGUAAAUAGUGCUGGCAGUGGACAAAAACACAUUCAUCUCAAUCUGGGAAAGCAGAGAUUACCAAAACAGAAAGGAAACGUAUAGUGUAAAAGAUUUAAUGCUCAAACUGUUCCUACCAGCACUGCACACUUCAGCUCUCUAUGCCAACAGAUCCAUGAAAUAGCAUAUCAGUACAUAUGAGAAAUGUGUUAUAUAGAGAUCCAAUUUAACUACCAAUAGUGGAACUGCUGGUUCGAUCCAAAGUGAGAUAACAGCAAAGGGCCACACAAAAGAAUCAAAAAUAAGAGGUUAUUUCAGUCCACCCUUCUUAGCUUGAGGGGAUAGUUGUUGGAGUUCAGGGCUUUUUAGUUGGUUUUGUUCAUUGUUUUUUUGCUUUGGUUUAGUUUCCUUUGUGUAUUUUUAAACAUCAAACAUGAUAUGUAGCUCUGUGUGUGUAUAUAUACAUAUAUGAGAACCCAAAGUCAGAGGUACAAUAGACAUAUUUACAUGUUUACCACUUGGCAACAUUAGAGCACUGAGGGAAUGUAUUUGCCAUUGAAAAAGACGCUGCAAACUCACUUUUAGACUAAAAGUGACAAACAAUGAAUAGGAAGAGAGAAAGAAGACUGGAAAUCUGCUUGAAAAAAUCUGUUUGAUUCAGAUAGAAAUCUAUCUGAAAAUACUUUAUUGUUAGUGCAUUUUGUUUGAACAGAAAGAAGUGAAAUAACAGAACUAGGUGACUCAAUCUGAAGUAACAUCAACUAAAUACUUUCUUCCCUUUAGUAUAGUGCAUUGUCAAAUGGUUACAUCUUAGUAUUGUGAGAAAACAAUGUUUUUCUUAUCUAUAAAGGAAAAAGCAUAUAGAGAAAGUAAUCCACAAUAUUGUAGAAUUUUAUAGAAGCCCUCUGUGCUGGGAAAAACGGCAGCAGGAGAGGUUUCAUAACAACAUCAACUUGAAUCUUGCUGUAAUUAGUGCAAAGCCUUGCUUUCAACCACAGUUCUGUUCUGAAGUGAGAGCCUUACAUGUGAACCACAUUGUGCAAAGUGUGAAUUAUCUUGUAAAGGCACUGCACAUUCAGGGCUGAGUAGUUUUGAGUGGUGUGUUUCCAGUUAAUUUCUAAUAGAGUGAGUUGGGGAAGGAACUACAGGUGGAAGUUCUCCAGGGUCCUGCAGUUAUCUGAAAGGACCUCCAUCUUCUUGAAGGUCCGUAAAGUGCACUAAUCCAGAUGGAAGUGAUGAACACUAUUCAGGAAAGGUAUCAUUAGGACACACUUCAACUGCUGAUUGAACACAGCACACAUGGCACAGAGGGCAAGGUGACAUGAGGACUUGUAAGCAUCUGGGCUGUCAGUCUGUUUGUUUUGUCUGGGUUUUUAGUUCUUCCUUCUUUUGCUCAAAAGUAGACAUUGUAAAACUGGAAUGUUUUACUCGGUUGCAUGCUGGCCAGCUGUCAUCUUUAAUACCCAUUGCAAAGGUGCGUGAAGAGAGGUGUGUUGUUUUGGUAUACUUUUGUUUUUAAUGACACAUAAACAUUGUACUAUGCUUUAUUAUUUCUUGUUCAAUAAAUAGUCCUGGUAUCUCUCUGUUUCAUGUCUAAUUUUGGAGAGUAGAGCCAUACCUGUACCAAGGCUCUCUCAGUUAGGUGGGCAUUUUGUUCGUUUAGUAGAAGUAAUGCAUGAUUCCUUUUGCAGUGAUGGUUUGAGGGACAAAAAAUUUCUUAAUUUUAUAAUAUGUAUUACAAUCUUCUAAACACAAGUAAAAAUGUACUGUGAUUUAUUUAUAUAAAUCUAGUCUGAAUAAAUAAGUUUUGAUCUUAAUAAAAACUCUGUAAGAAAUUGUGCAAUUGUAAUUUAUUACUAUUUUGUAUUAAAUAUAUUGAGGUUCAAUUC